AUGCCAAGCGGUUCAGUCUUGAACAGCGAGCCAUCUUCAGCCAGUCACCGCACUCGGUUCUCCAAGCCUGGCGAUUAUAUCGCAUUUGAAAUUGCUGGCUUUAGACUCCUCCUUAUGCUAGGCAAGGAUGAUGUGGUGCGAGCAUUUCAUAACGUCUGUCGGCACCGCGCAUUUCCGGUGACUAAAAAAGCUUCUGGCUCAGCAUCUAUACUUGGCUGCAAGUAUCACGGGUGGAGUUAUAAUAACAAAGGGCAACUUACGAAGGCGCCCCAAUUUGAAGAUGUGAUUGGUUUUGAUAAGAGCCAGAAUGGUCUUUUUCCUGUUCACACCAAGAUGGAUGACGAUGGAUUUCUACACAUCAAUUUGAACAGUAGCGCAGAAGCGGGAAACACCGAGCUUGAGAGGGCGAAGGUAAUUGGAAGGCCAGUAGCCACUGACCAGACCCAACAAUAUCUUGGAUCUUGGGAAGUGAAAGGGAAGUUCAACUGGAAGGUUCCUGGUCAGUGUCUGGAUUUGCUAGCACCAAAUACAACGCAUGCUCACAGAGGUCUAGGGAAUGCCUUUCAUCGAGAAAUAGCGUCUGUCCAUUUUAAAAGUUCUUUGUCGAGAUUGCUUGGCACUUCUGCGGCAGGACAACUGCGGUUCAGCCCUCUGACCACCAUUUAUUCACAGGAGGGAAGUCCCGUCUGGUACCAGCUCACAUAUUCUCCGGAAUCUGUUAGACAAACCACCGUACGAUGCGACGUGUACUCAAAGUCGAAGCAAGAUAUUUCCGACUUUGAGAAACGUUUGAAGCCCAAACUGGAGCUUGAGAUCAAUUCAAUCGUUCGGGGACAUGAAGAGCUGUAUGAGAAACUCACAAGCUCUGUCCAUUCAUUAUAUCAUGGCGGAGAUGAGCAUGCGACGUUGGCUGAUAUGGUGGAUAAGCACGCCGAAAGAGAAAAGAGCGAAGGAGCAGAGAUCAAGCCAGCUACAGUCAACCAGUGUCGAAGUAAUGGCUAUGCAAAAGCUGAAGGGAUAUGUAUGGCUUUGGAAGGGCUUGAUAACUCUGGGGAUCUGGCAUGGUAG